AAACGCUUCGUCCUAGGUACUUAGAAGUGCACUCUUUGUACGUUGAAGCAUCUCUUUCGUUGAAUUUACCGUGGUAUGGUUUUGAGAUUGACUUUUGAUUUUUGAGAUUUGAGUCUUGAGUAUUUUUUAUUCAUGGAGGGUUUACACCGUGUAGUCUUCUGGCAUGCAGUUUAUGGUUCUAGCCAUCUUGGGUUUGAAAGCUAGCGUUAAUGUGGCCUUCUGGAUUUAUGGAAAGAAAAAAAGAAGAAAUCUCUAUUUGCUCUCUAAAUUUGGCUACCAAAACAAAAGUUUCUACUUGCUCUCUUACCUUGGCUAUCAAAAGAAAAGCCUCUACUUAUUCAAAACUCUCUGCCUUCGAAAAUCAAGCUAUUUCUUAAAUAAAAACUUCAUUUUGUUACUCUCACACUUUGACUUUUUGUUCUUUAACCUUAAUAAAAUAUAUUCACUUGACGCACUUUUCUUUGUCUUUGGUAAUCCAAGGAAACGACAGUUUAACAAUUUCUUCAUAUGCAUCAUUAUGAAGCACUUUGAGGUAAUUAUCGUUAUACAACCUUGCAUAGGUAGUUUUCAUUGGUGAGAUGCCAUAUAUUAAUAUCAGUCUGUGCUAUACAAAUUUACAAGCGUUCUUCUAGGCUCAGAUUCAUAUCCAUGUAUCAUCUUUGAGCAUUAUGUUAUCGAACUCUUUUCAUUGACGAAG